UGACUUUGAAGUUAAAUUUUGACAUAAUCAGGUUUCGAAGUUCACUGAAUUACGAGAGAAUUCGACUAGUUAAUUUUUAUUUCAUCUUCAUAAUAGUUUAAAAUGUCCUUCUUUGUUAAGCAAUGUAUUCGACGAGUCCUCACACCGGCCGUAUCCAUAACAAAAAAUAGUUUUUCGACCACCAGUUCCGUUUUUGCUCCCAGAGUACAAAAGCCGGCACCUGAUUUUGCCGCCACAGCUGUAGUUAAUGGAGAAUUCAAUCAGUUGAAACUAGCAGAUUUCUCAGGAAAAUAUGUUGUACUUGUGUUCUACCCACUAGAUUUCACCUUUGUCUGCCCAACAGAGCUGAUUGCGUUCAGUGAUAGAUCUAAAGAUUUUGCAAGCAUUGAUUGUCAAGUGAUUGGUGUUUCAACGGACUCUGAAUUCAGCCAUCUUGCUUGGGUCAAUACACCCAGGAAGGAUGGAGGCCUGGGCAAGUUGGACAUUCCUCUAUUGGCCGAUUAUAAGAAGAAGAUCUCGCAGGACUAUGAUGUUUUACUGGAUGACGGUUUUGCCUUAAGAGGUCUAUUCAUCAUUGACAAGAAUGGUAUUUUGAGGCACAUGUCGGUAAACGACCUGCCCGUGGGGCGGUCCGUGGAGGAAACCCUGAGAUUGGUGAAGGCUUUCCAAUUUGCUGAUAAACAUGGAGAAGUGUGCCCAGCCAAUUGGAACCCAGAGAGCAACGCUGAUACAAUUAAACCCAAUCCAAAGGAAAGCAAGGAAUACUUCCAGAAAGCGAAUUAGAUUUGCCAGUUGGUGCAUAUAGAAAGCCUUCCUUAAAUGCCUCUGUUAUAUCGUACAGGCAACACCUUCAACUUUGACAGCCAGUAGGGUUGCCAUAUAAAAUUAAGGUCUAGUUCACGAAAUAAUUUCUAUAUUCAUAUCUCGCUAUCGCGCACGUGUCGUCGUACAACGUCACAGAUUAAGAAUUACAACAAUUUACUUAUUAAUUUAUAGGUUUUAAGCGGAAACUAAUACUUUUAUCUAUUACAUUAUAAAUAAAUGAUCAAAUAAAUAAUCUGAAUUGAAUUCUUGCGUGAACUAGACUGUCAUAAGUAAUAAAAUUGUUAUUUAAAAUAAUUGUAAAGAAUUGAAAUGUGUAUAAUGAAACCAAAACAGUGUUAUUCAAUGUGCACGUAAGAUAUGAGAUAAUUUAACUUUAUCAAUAAAGUUUUUUUUCAUUUA